AUGUCCAAAGCCGGAGUUGACUUCAACAAGAGCGUCGGCCACGACGCCGGCACGCAGCCGGUCGCCUGGAAUCGCCGCGACCUGCUCACCUAUGCUGUCAGCAUUGGUGUGGGCCCCAAGGACCUCGACUACGCCUACGAACGCGAAGCUGGCUUCCGCGCCUUCCCCACUUACCCCGUGGUGCUGGGCCUCAAGGGCACCUCGCAGGAUACUACCGUGUUUUCCGAGAUGGUCUCGUCCCGCUCCGCCGUGCCUGGCUUCCCCUCGUUGGACCUCAACACCAUCGUUCACGGCGAGCAGAGUAUUGAGAUCCAUGCGCCUAUUCCUGUCGUCUCGGGCGAAGGAUGGAAGCUCGAAAAGCGCAUCUGUGCCGUGCACGAUCGACCGAAUGGCCUCAUCAUGGAGACCGAGGUGCGGCUCAUCAGCCCCGUGGGACGUAACCACGCCACCAUGAUCGGUAGCAGCUUCUACCGCGGCGGUUCGCAGGGUACGGGCUUCAGCAAGAGCCUGAUCACCAAGCCGCCCACCGCGAAAGCGCCCGAUCGCGACCCCGACUUUGUGCUCGCUGAGAAAACGUCCCUGCAGCAGGCCAUGCUCUACCGCCUCUCGGGUGACUACAACCCCAUCCACAUCGAUGGUGGCCUCGGCGAAAAGGUCGGCCUCGGUGGCACUAUUCUGCACGGCCUCUGCUCGUUCGGCUUUGCCGCCCGUGCCGUCCUCAAAGCCGUCGACCCCAACGACGGCGUACCCGCCAACACGACGGGUGCAAAGACCAGGUUCGAGCUCGAAGCAUUUGCUGUGCGUUUCACCUCGCCUGUCAAACCGGGCGAUGAGCUCGAGACCAAAGUCUGGCUCCUCGGCGAAAAGGAUGGCAAGAAAGAGAUCGCUUUCGAGCAGUUUGUCAAGGCUACGGGCAAGAAGAGUCUUGGAGGCGGCUAUGCUAGGGUCGUUCAGACGGCAAACGAAGACGUCGCUCGAUUCGCCAAACUGUGA